GCAAACGCUCGUAACGGAUUCUAGGGGAACAUUAAUGACGACAAUGUGCAUAGUGUAGAAAAAGCUACAUAAAUGUGAAAUUGUAAGCGCACAUGAACGCGGUUCAUGAAUAUAUGACAUUAAGCACAACGCAUAAUGGCUACUGUAACAUUGUAAAAAAGUGUUUCGUCUGACAGCAGUAGAAAUGUAGUUCGUGUAAUUCAAAGAACAUUUUGUGGUUUAAUUGUCAUACAGAUUUUUUCGAUUAACUAAGGUUAAUAACAAACUCAUUUGUUCCAUGACUUCCUUACUAAAUAAUACGUUAACAAAAAAUGACAGUAUUAGAAACAGAAGAAGAUGCGGAUAAACGUUCAGUUCCCCCUAGGAAGAAACUUUGCUUAUCCCUUUCUGGCCGUGCACGUACAAUUUCUAACAACAUUUCUCAGGCUCCUCAGAUUUCAGAGAGGGAGAGCCUUUUAAACAGAGAUACCUAUACACAUAGUACAAUCAAAAUGUUGAAUGGUUAUCGCAAUCAAUUGAGCAAUCACCAAGAUGGAAGUUAUGAUGUAUCGAAUAGUGGUACAGAAGGAUUAAGAAUAGCUACUUUAUGUAAUUUAGGAAAUACAUGUUUUUUGAACAGUGUGAUAUAUACGUUACGAUUUGCACCAUCCUUCCUACAUAAUUUGCAUCAUUUGGCCACCGAUUUGUCUAAUUUAAAUGAUAAACAACUUCAAACAAAAAUAAAGUCAUCAUCUUUGGGAAGAACUGGUGUGUCACUUACAUCAAGUGGCAGCAGGAGUUGGAGCAGUAAAGACUUAUUAGCUUUGGCUGGACCUACUGGAGAUAGUAACAAACAUAGAAUACAAAUAGCUACUGAGAAGUUACAUGAAUUGUUCAUGGCAUUACGUGCAUCUGAAGCAAGAGAAAACAGUGAACCGUAUCAACCAGAUGCAUUUUUGCAAGCUCUUAGAGAUGUGAAUCCUAUCUUUGAAGGAAAUCAACAGCAAGAUGCUCAUGAGCUUUUAGUGUGUUUACUAGAUAACAUCAGGGAAACAUUCCAAUUGUUGGUCAGGCAUAGAGAAAGUCAGUUUGGACAAAAUAACGAUGGAUUAUCAGACUUCUCUACAGAACAUUUAACAGAUGUACAAUCAGAAGGUAGUAAUUCCAACAAAAGAAGCAUUCGUAAAUCUAGAAAAAAGAAAAAGAUAACAACAAGGGGAAGUUCAUCUUGUCUUGUACAAUCGAAUCUAAACGGUGUAUCAGUACCUUCUAGACCAUAUGAACAUAUGAAAUAUUAUAUGAAGUACUGUAUGAAAUAUGAAAAUGGUCAUGCUGAAUUUCCGGAAACUAAUGGAGAGAUAAGUAGUCAUAGACUGGAAAGCAAAAAGUGUUUUAUUUCUGAAGAUUUUGAGGGAGUUAGCCUUUUGCGGACUACAUGUCUAGAGUGUGAGCAUGUUACAGAACGAAAGGAAACAUUUUGCGAUAUAUGUGUGCCUAUUGAUAUAGACAGAUCAAGUGAAAAAGAUAAAGAAGUAAGACCAAUGGACAGUAGUGAAGUAUACAAACGUGCAGUAGUUACUAGUGAACUUCUUUGGGGUAGAGAUAAAUAUUGGUGCGCUCGUUGUCUUCGUUAUAAUGAAGCUCGCAGAGCUGUGUGUUUUCCAUCUUUACCAAGGCUACUUAUAUUGCAGCUGAAAAGAUUUUCUACUGCAGCAGGGUCAAUGGAAAAAAUUAAUAAUCAUAUGCCAACACCGUUAACAUUACAAUGUUUUUGCGAAGAAUGCAACAAUGAUCAAACACGGGGAACUACAAGUGGCAGAUCAGAGUCACGACAUGUAUAUAAGUUAUAUUCUGUAAUUAUGCACCAGGGUGCGACAAUGACAGCUGGUCAUUAUGUCGCUUAUACUCGUUUACCUGAUGAAUCUGCAUUCGCAGAAUAUUUUCAAUGCGAUCGAGGUAGUAAACGACAAACUUCUGGUCAGGGUAGUAGCAGCAGCACAAACACAAACUCGUCUUCAUCAGACAAAACAUCCGGUAUAUUAAAAUACUUUAGAAGUAAACCAAGUGCUAGUGAAUCUAAGGAACAAUUAAUUCGAUUUGGUUGUCGUAGUAUGGAUUGUUGUGGUAUUCGACGUCAUAAACAUACUAGCACAUGGCUGGAAUGUGAUGACGAGGCAGUACAUGUAAUCCCAUUACGAGAGUUAGAAGAUAAAUUAGCGCCAAAUCCACGAAAUUCCGCCACUCCUUACCUCCUGUUCUAUGUAAGAUCCAUGACGUAAAUAUUUUUUUUCUUUAAAAACGUAAAAAACAUGCGUAUAUCAAGUAUUCAAACUAAGAGUGCAAUGGGCCUUGUUCCUCCCUGUUAAUGACUGCGCUGUCACACACAUUCCACAUCUGUUUACUGUGUACGUACUGUAUCAGGUUUAGGUGAACGUGUAUCAUUUCGUAGAAAAUAAAUUAUGUAUUAAAAUCAUGUUAAGCGUUAGAAUUUGAUAGUUAAAUGAUAUGCAAUAAAUUCUCCAAUCUACGCGAUAAUGGUACUCAAAUCUUGCUAUUAAUACCACAAAGUGUCAAUUUGUAUUUAGAUGAUUAAUGUUAACUGGGAUGUGGGGCGUUUUAUUUUUAAGUUGUUUCUGUAAAAAUAAAAGUAUGUAUUCUUGAUUUAAUUCCCUAUUCUUUUCAGCUUUAGGUACUUUCCGAUGUAAGUGGAAGUACAAAAAUGAUAUUUACAAUAAUUAAAUAAGCUUGUAUCCUAGAUACUAUCAUCAUAUAUACUUUUAUUAACCGUAUUAUUUUUUUCAUGUACUAUCAACAACACAUAUUACCUUAUGUUUUAUUUAUGAGAAUGGUAAAACAAAAAAAUAUUUAUGCUAGUAAAUUAAUAAUAUAUUCCUUUUAUAUUUUUAAAUUAAAUUAUAAAUAUAUUUCUUUAAACGUAUAAUUUUUAUACUUUUAUUUCCUAAACGAAAAAACGAUAAUUUCAGAUUUUUUGCCGAAGAUGUUUGCGUUUGAAAUCGUUCUAAUUUAAGUUUAAUUAUUAUAUACAUAAUCACUGUUAAAUGUGCGAAAAUCAAUCACUAUGACACAUAGUUUGUAAUAAAUAUUUAUACGUCCAAGAAGUAAUUUAAAGAUAUCGGAGUUAAGCGAUUGUUGUUAAACAAUAACAGAAUGAAAUAGAGCAAAGAACAGUGAAUUAUUAAUUGCUUAAAAUGUCCUGUUUACGUUGAAAUACAUAUUUGUAAAACGUCAGGAUGUUAGUUUAAUCAUACGUGGCUAUAUACAUAUAUCGAUUGUUUCGAUAGGGGUCAGUAGUGAAUAGUCGUGUUUCACCUGCCAGCCUGACGUAUUGUCGUUUCUUCUACUUUCGACUCGCGUUACAAAUACAUUUAACUUUUCGCCUUUUUUUUAUAUAAAAAGUUUUCCUCCUUGGACAUGAUUGCAUCGUUGUUUCUUUAAAGAAAAGGUAAGUCAGUCGUAUAUAGAACUGUAUACAAAUUUUAACGUUUUUAAACGAAAUCAAAUUUACGCGCUACGAAUAAGCAGAAUUUAAACGAAAGUAGAACAUUCAUGUAUAUGUUAUAGUGUGAAUAUAUAUUUUUUAUAUUCGUGUUAUAUUCAUUGUUAAAUACGAUAGAUUGUAAAACACAGUAGGAAAACAUUGUAUUUGCGUAAUAUUGAAAUCGGUAACGUUAAUAAGUAAUUACUAUUUAAGCCAAUUAUUUGAUUACCAAAACUGUCUGUUUUUUCUAAUUAAUUAUUUAUAUAAAUAUUAGAAUACGAAUAUGAAAGUGUUGUAAGAGAAAUCAAUUUUUACUGUUAUUAUUACCGUUUUAAUAACUUUAUAUUCUUUUAUCAGUUAUAUACAUAGUUAUUAUUUGAAAUAAUGUUUUCCUUUAUUUGCAUAACGUGCGAGCAAACUGCGUACCUGCGUUUUAUUCAACAGUAAAAAUUUAACGUCAAUUUUUAUAAUGACAUGGUGAGUGUAACAUAUAAGAAUUUCAUUGAAUGUACGUAUUUCGAUGUGAAACACUAUGGAUAUAGAAAUCAUUCACUUGGACAAAAAAAAGCUAUUGGAAUCAGGCAAAGAAAGACGCAAAACAACGUUGAUUAUUGGUAAAAUUAUCAGUGAUAGUAAAUGGAAAAUGCUUGAUGAACAUUACAAUAGUAUAGAAUAUCUCCAUAAGGCAUAGUGCACAUUUAUCGCUCUAACAAACUAAGCAAGCAUAAUCAAUACAGUUACAGUAUAUCGUCGACAAGUAUAAUAGAUGGAUGUCGUAAUAUCAUUGACGUUUAUUACAUGCACUGCACAUUAUACAUUAGUGUCAUAUCUUUCUUUCUUAAAGAGUUACGUUUGACACAAAAUAUGUAUACUAAGCAUCAUAAAUUUAUUAAUUCACUGUUCACGUAUAAUCGAUAUACUUCACUUAUUUAUACUAUAUCACAUUUUUAACAUUGCUCAACGUAGUGAUAAAAAAUCUAAUACGAUAUUUAUAUAGUUAUUGUAUAAGUCAGUAUAAUUCGUACAAUUAUUGAUAUCGACGUAAGAAUUAAAAAUGAUGUGAUGAGAUUAUAUCGUAAAUAUUUAAAAUAUUAUUAGCAUGUUGGUCAUUAACUGUUGCAAGUUCGAGCACUAUAAAUAUAUUUAUAAUAGUA